ACCAGAGGCUCCGUCCUCAAAUUAACAAGCGGAAAACACAAGCUUCGCAGCCAAUCAGAAGGCCGAGAUUUCAGAACAUUGCGUUAUCGCGAGACGUUGUCCCUUCCUUUUCCCUUUUCGCUCUGAGUCCAAGAUGGGAGUCGACAUCAGGCACAACAAGGACCGUAAGGUGCGCAGGAAAGAGCCAAAGAGCGAGGAUAUCUAUCUGAGGCUCUUGGUUAAGUUGUACAGGUUUCUUGCCCGCCGCACAAAUGCUCCCUUCAACAAGGUGGUCCUGAGGAGGCUGUUCAUGAGCCGGACCAACAGGCCUCCCAUGUCCAUCUCUCGCCUGAUCCGUAAGAUGAAGAUGGCUGGCCGUGAUAACAAAGUCGCUGUUGUCGUGGGAACGGUCACUGAUGACAUCAGGAUUCAGGAUAUCCCCAAGCUCAAGAUCUGCGCUCUCAGGGUUACCGACCGCGCCCGCCGCAGGAUCCUGAAGGCCGGGGGUCAGGUGAUGACAUUUGACCAGCUGGCUUUGAGUUCUCCCAAAGGACAUGGCACAGUGCUGCUGUCAGGGCCACGUAAAGGCAGAGAGGUGUACAGGCACUUUGGAAAAGCUCCUGGAACCCCUCAUAGCCACACCAAGCCCUACGUCCGCUCCAAGGGCAGGAAGUUCGAGAGAGCCCGCGGUCGCAGAUCCAGCCGUGCUUACAAGAACUAGUCUCGUUUUUGUUUUUCAUGCAAUCUGACAAAUAAAAAGAUGAUUGUCUGUCCAAAAACA